AUGAGACACCAAAUCUUCGAAAAUUUACCCUCACAUGCCAGAACCUACAUUCUUACGCAUGCAAGCCACGGGGCUGCGACAGUCCUCAGCAGAAACUUGAAUUAUGUUACUCCAAAGGAAGAAAACGAAAAGAGGACCGACGAAGAGCUUGUGGAAGUGGCCAUCGAUCUUUGCAUUAAGAUACAGGAAAUCCAUCAGAAGCACGUCAUUCACCACGACCUGAAGGAGGACAACGUCCUAGUGGACGCCCAAGGAAAGGUGCACGUUAUCGACUUCGGCAACGCCGAUAAGGAGGGUGAAAAGUGUUGCUAUCGUAGACCAAGUUGGUCCCCCAUGUGGAUGGCCCCUGAGGUCUUCUCCGUCGUCCUGAGCCAUCCCACCCAAGACGUAUACUCCUUCGGGUACUUGCUCAUGACAAUAGCCGAGGUCAUGGAAUCUCCAUAA